AAAACUAGGCCAAAAGCCAGGCUGGUAAGAUAAGCACUUUCAUCCAGAAGUGCCUGAGAUGCACAUCUAUGGUUAGUUCAAUCACCUUAUGCAAACAUGGUAGAUUGAUUAGUGGCCUGUAAUUAUCCAAAUCACAAGGGUUAAAGAGGGAUAAGGCCAGACAUUCUUGCAUUCAUUACUUUCCUGAUCAGUCUCCCUCGGUUAGAUGUUAUCAGCUGCAAAGGGCAAGAGUCAAGAAGACAUAUGGGAGGCCAGACCUCUGCCCACAUCCUUGGGUAACGAAAACUGAAAUGGCUGGUGCCUGCCUCUGAAUGUUCCUGUGUGUGGAAUAUUGGGAUGUUCUCUGCUGCUGUCACUCACUACUGCUAGGCAGAAUUGUUUGUGCAAUUCUGAGUAGAAGGCUGAAGUGGCAAUGGCACUUGCUGAUCGGGAUUGCAAUGUCUCAUUCAAGAUGCUGGUCUGAUGCAGGAGGAAGGGCAGGAUCAUCACCAUCAUCUCCAUUGUCACAUCUCAUUUGACCCUCAGUAUCAGGAGUUUCAGAACAAGACUUCCCAAGGAUAAAGAUGUGGGGGACCGGUACACAUCCUCCAGGGAAGACUUUCCUUUCAAGAGAGGUUCCAAGAUCCCACCCUAACAAUUCAGCACCUUUGCGGUGUGUUGCUGAAGCAGAGUUCCAGUACUUGCUCCUGCCAAUCACUUACAGUCUGGUUUGUGCACUGAGCUUGGCUUCAAAUGGUGUGGCGUUGUGGAGCAGCUGGGCUACCCGGGCCCAGGCGCCACCUGUCAUGAUUUUCAUCUAUAAUCUCAUUGUCAUUGACCUGCUGUUUGCUCUGUCACUGCCACUACAGGCUGUGUAUCAUGCUAGACGCAAUGACUGGCCUUUUGGCGAAGGCUUGUGUAAAGCCACCAAUGCGCUCUUUCUGGCCAACAUGUUCAGCUGCACUCUUUUCCUGGCCUGCAUAUGCUUGGAGCGUUACCUGGCUGUCAUGCACCCUGUCCGUUACCUGCGCCUGAGGUGGCCCCUCUACCGUGUGCUGAUCUCUAUGGCUAUUUGGUCCGUGGUGGGGAUUGGGCUCCUGGCAUUCUUCUCCAAGAGCACUGUGACCCGUCGCUUCCCAAAUGGGAAUACAGCCUGCAUGGAGCAUUUCCCAGCUCAUGUCUGGGGUGGAGGUCUGGCUGCUAUGGUCCUAGCCUCCUCUGCGCUGGGCUUCUUUGUGCCUUUCCUCACCAUUCUCAUCUGUUCCACUGUGAUUGCCCGGCGCAUCAUGAACCUGAGCCAUGGCUCACCUCAGGCUUAUUUACUACGGAGAAACUCUCUCCACACCCUCCUGAUGGUGACUACCCUACUCACCUUCUGCUUCCUGCCAUUCCAUAUCAUCCUUACAUUGCACACACUCGGCCGGAUUGGUGUCUUGUCAUCUCCGGGGCUGCUGCACUUCACUUGUUCGGCCCAACGUGUAGCCAUGGCCCUGGCUAGCAUCAACAGUGCUCUUGACCCUCUGGUGUACUACUUCAACAUGAAGCCUGCCAACUGGAGGCUGCCCUGCUGUGGCACAAGCAGCCAAAACCUCAUGGAUUCAGGGAAGCCUGCUAGCCCAACAAUGGAGGGCCUGAGGAGCAUGGCCUAGCUGGAGGUCCUACCUAAGAUCCACACCAUCUGGAGUGCCCAGCACAGAAUCAUCAAAAAGUAUUACCCAUUGCCCUUUGAACAGGAUCAACUGCUAGAAUGGCAUCCUGGCUUAGAGAAAGCAAGAGGACGGAAUAAUCUUAAUGUGAGGACAAUUUUAAUACACUUAAGGCUGCUGGUUUUAAAGGCUGGAAUCACUGGCAUAUUGCAUGCUGAUGCAAGACCUGUAAUUUUGGCUUGGCUGUUGCAAGCCAAGGUAUGUGGGAAUGAAUCAGAAUGUUUGCAGAGUCCAUAGAUCAGAUCAAAUCUGUAGUCAAAGAGACAAUCUGAAGGCAGUGGAAGCAGAAACAAGUCUAGAGAGGAGUAUAAGCAGACUGGGUGUCCAAAAGGCAGUAGGGCAGAGGAGUGACUUGUGGAGCAACACAGAGGUGUGCUUGUUGCAGAGACAAAGGCUGAAAGAGAAGUUUGGCAGUCAAGAAUCAGAAAUCAGGGAAAGAGGAUGUAAUGGAGUUCAUCAGGUCCAGAGGCUUCAUGAUCAUUGCAAUAUUUAUUUGGCUAAGUGGGAUAGGUAAGCCCUUCAAAGUCUGCUCUGGAAAUAAUCUUGAGGAAAUGAAUUAAUUUGCUGGAUGUCUACCAGGAUAUCUGGGACAUGAAGAACCUUAGUGCAGAACUUAAGUCCUGGACACUGCUGUACAUAGAUAGCAAAACAAAUAUAUGGUACUGUAUCAGUUUUAUGGACUUCCUGUUAUGUGAUAUCUGUUAUAUUCUGUGGACACUCCAUGAAGAUUGAUGUUACAGAAAACAGUCAUCCCACUUCCUCAACAGCAGUUGUUGGUUGUUAGACACAUGGGACACAUCCACAAGUCAAUUUUCUGGGAGACACCACCUCUGCAACCUAUAGGGCUCCUCCUGCCUGUGCCAAAAGUCCCGUACAGUGUUAUAAGGUUGCUGUCUGUGAGUGGAUCUACAACGCUAUGUUUUGCCAAAGGUAACCUAGGCUGCAAUCCUGUACUCAUUUAGGAGUAAGCCCCAUUGAACUCAGUGGGAUUUACUUCUGAGUAGACAGGUGUAGGAUUGUACUGUCAGGGUGGGAAAUAGGGAUUGGGCAAAAGAACCUGAUGAUGCUGGAUGUUUACUGAAUUGACAAUUUGCAGGGAUGGGGUCUGAUAUGUGUAGGGGUUGACAGAUCGUGUGUGAGAGAGAGAGACAGCAGUUUCAAAACUGGAUUUAGAAACAGAGUCAGAGGGGGUUGUGAGUUGGCUGAAGGUGAAACACCGUUGGAUACAGGAAUUAUCUCUUUUUGGGGUUCUGAUGUGGGAAGAGGAUCUGCUUCCUUAUCUAAGUGCCUGUUUGUUUCCACUUAUGCUCCACUUUUAGAUUUGUAAAU